AUGGAUAUCAAAACAGUGCUCCAAGAUCUUCGUGAAGAAGUGUCAUGUCCUGUGUGCACUAGCAUAUACACGGAUCCAAAACAGCUUCAAUGUUUACACAAUUUCUGUCUGAAAUGCUUGAAGCAGUGGCACGGAACAAGCCGUGGCCAAGACACAAUCAGAUGUCCGAAAUGUCAAGCACUAAACAAACUGCCGGAAAGUGGCGAUUUGAAAGAUUUACCGACCAGUCUUUACCUGAACAGCCUGAUUGAUGUGUUUGCCAUUAAAGAAUGUAAGAAACGUCGAGUACCUUGUGGAAAUUGUGAAAAGAAAAGCUUUAAGACAUCUUAUUGUUUCCAAUGUUGCAUAUUUUUUUGCAAAGAAUGCGUCAUUGGACACAACAGCAUGCAAAUCAACAAAGAUCACCGUGUUCUGGCGCUUAAAGAUUUUAAAGAAAAGGACUUUGAGGAUGUGAUUAAACUACCCAUGUACUGCUCGAAACAGUGGCAUGAGAAAGAAGAACUGAUUUUCUUCUGCAAGAAUUGUACUACGGCAGCUUGCCAAAGCUGUUCCUUGAUAGAUCAUGCGGGUCACGCCCUAGUGCACCUUGACGAAGAAGCUGAAAAACAAAAGAUGGAAAUGAAAUCACUAAUAGAAACAAAGGUGAGUGAUUUACAAAAAAAACUAAAUAUUGUAGGACAACUCGACAAAGAUUACACAAAAGUGAUACAAAGAGGAGAAGACUUGAAGCGAGAAGUACAAGGGUUUGUGGACAAUUUGCUUGAAACUGUUGAAGCGAAGAAACUAGCUAUUUUUGAAGCAGUGGAGAGAGAAACGAGAAAAUCGCUCGAAAUUAUUAUAGGGCAAAAGACGGAGGUCGAACGUCAAAUUGAGUUAAUCGAAUCAUCGUUGGAGAAAGCUAAUAAACUGAUGAUACGAAGCACAAACGCCGAAGUCGUUCGACUGAUGAAAUCACUGAAGACAAUAUUUCAGCGGGAUGAUCGAGAGCAACUGGUGGUCCACCCCCUUAACAAGCCUCCUUUGUCAGCUUUUGUGAAAAAUCAAGAGCUGUUGAACUCUUUUGAGGGCGAAGGAAUUGGAUCUUUGCGAGUAAGACACCAAACAAAAGCAAGUCAGUCGGUUACUGUGGGUAAAGGGCUUGAAGAAGGAACUGCUAACCAUAUAGCACAGUUUACUUUGAUUACAAGAGACGCCGAAGGAAGACAGUGUUACAAUGAACAUGACCACGUAACGGUGGAGAUCAUGGACGAACAAGGACGAGAAUGCAUGACGGAAGUGCAAAUAAAUGACAAUAAAGAUGGACUCUAUCAGAUCAGCUGUUCUCCCAGAGAUUUAGGAAGGUUUAAAGUAACAGUAAAGGUAAACGGAGAACAUGUUCAAAACGGCCCCUUUACUAAAAUAGAAAAACGAUUUCAGUUCAAAGCUGUGUCGUCUUUCGGCGAAGAAGGUUCUUCCGUAGGAAAGUGUAGUUCUCCUUGGGGGGUAGCAGUUAAUGUUAGGGAUGAAAUAGCUGUAACUGAUUUUAACAACCACAGAGUUCAAAUUUUUGACAAGAAUGGAAAUUACUUAAAGUCAUUUGGUAGAGAAGGUGACGAGGCGGGAGAGUUUAAAUAUCCGAUAGGAAUAGCAUUUCAUAAUAAUGGUAAUAUUCUCGUGGUAGACCAUGGUAACCACAGAAUCAGGAUUUAUAAUGAGACGGGUCAGUACGUGGGCAGUUUUGGUGAGAAAGGAAACCUUGAUAGUCAGCUUAAUUCUCCUAUGGGCUUAUCGGUAGACAGUGAUGGAAACAUUAUUGUUGCUGAUACAGGCAACAAAAUAAUUAAGGUCUUUUCUUCUGAUGGCACGUUUUUAAUGAAGAUAGGUGGACAAGGGGCUUUUACUUGUCCUAUCCACUGUGUCCAGUACAAAACAUAUCUCAUAGUGUCGGACCAAAAUGAACAUUGUAUUAAAGUUUAUGACAGGAAUGGAAACUUUAAGUACAAGUUUGGAAAGAGGGGUGGAGGGGAUGGGGAGUUAAAUCAUCCCGCAUUUUUGUCAGUGAACAAGUCAGGACACCUGAUGGUAUGUGACGCAAAUAAUAACAGGGUACAGGAGUUUGAACCGAAUGGAAGAUUUGUCAGUAAGUUUGGAACUAUAGGUGGCGAUUUAGGAGAAUUCAAUCAUCCAACUUCUUCAGCGGUUCUUGCUACUGGGCAAAUUGUUAUCGCUGAUAUGGGUAACAAUCGUAUUCAGAUAUUUGAGUAAACUAUAAUAUUUAUUAAAAAAUAGGCAUGCGUAGCAGGGAAGAGUUUUUUGUUUGGCUGGGAAGGUUGAGAUAGGACACUUUGUGUACCUAGUGUUUUUAUUUCUGUAACAGAAAAAGAGCAUAUUUUUGAAACGGA